AUGACAUUAUUGGCAUCAAUUAUGCCAACGUAUGACGUACCACGUGCUUCGCAAGAAUCAGUAUUACGUCUUGAAUGUUGGUACCACGGAAUGUUGACCAGAUUACGUGCAGAAUGUCUGGUUUGUUCUCAAGGAGACUUCCUGGUUCGAGACAGCAUUUCGUUCAAAGGCGAUUUUGUACUGACCGCUUUUUGGAAUGGAAAUGCCUUACAUUUUCAAAUCAAUAAAGAUCGAUCAGUUAACAGCUCAAGUGGAUUUGUCUUUCAAUUUGAAGAAGAGCAAUUUGAAAGUGUAUCUGAUUUGAUAACAUUUUAUCAAACACAUCAGAAACCGAUCACUCGAAAUAGUGGCUGUGUUAUCAAGAAUCCUGUACCAAAUACAACAGUUAUUGCCAACAAAAUUUUGGAACCAAAUUUUGAAAUUGAACAAAAUUAUGUGAAAAUUCUUCGACCACAUUUAUCCAGAAAUAAUCAAGAUAGAUCACUAAGUCAGAAAGUCAUGCUGAAUGAAGCCCGAAAACAGCUCAACUUAAAAUCAACUUUUGAACCAAUUCUACCCGACUCAUCUAUACCAUCAAGCGAAUUAUCUCACUUAUCCCUCUCUGAUCUACUCAGCCGUCCAUUACCAAAGCCAAUUCAAUCACCUGAUAGUGAAGAUCAAGAAGAGUAUUCUGAGGUGGAUUACGAUGCUAUGGACGAAAACAUGAAGUUGCCCAUAUCUAGAAUACCGUUGGAAAGUCCACUAGUAACCCCUAAUGAAGAUGAAGUGUUAGAUGCUUCAAGUUCAAGUUUAAAUCAUCUACCAACUCACAAAUCUUCACUGAUCUCUCUAAAUUCUUUGCGUGAUGACGUAUCUAGCCAGACUAGCAAAAGGUUAAAUACUACGAAGUUAUCUCAAGUUACAUCUGCAUCUUGUCAUGAUAUCAGUCGUUUACAUUGGUGCAUUCCACGUUCCGGUUCAGUACCGGCAUUACCAAAAAGAAAAUUUUCAUUACCAAUUCGUGAUAGUGGUUGUGUAGCAGAUAAUGCGGAUUAUGAUCAACCAAAGGUGUUAAAUUGUACUAAAGCUAGUACUUCUGCUAUAGAUUUGAUCAAUCAUCGUUCAGCUUUGAUUGAACCUAAUAAUAAACCUCAAUCACAAGAGCUAUUGCAAAAACAAUUAUUAUUGAGCAAAAAAGCAGAAAAGUGUGCAAAACUGAUAACUUUGGAAGAUUGUCGACUGUUAAGGCUUGAAAAAAAUUUCAAAAACUUAACAAAAUGUGAACAGUUAAAUGGCCUUUCGCUUAUAUUACUACCCAAUGGACAAACUGUUAGAAAUGAUCUUUUAGAGCGCAGUCUUUCUUUGCAUUAUUUAUGCAUUUUGUCCAUACUGCAUCAGGCGUAUAAUACCGAACGCUACGCAUUAUACAGUGCUUGGCUGGAAAUUUCAAAGUCUUUAUUAUUGCAGUAUGGUAAUGCAUUUUCGUUCGUUACGCUUAUUGAUGCACUAUGCUCUGACCAUGUAAUUUUUAUUGCAAAUGAUAAAACUUUAUGUCAAAUGCGAAAAAAUCUUCAAUUAAUCGCUGCGAAAGUGCUUAAUUGUGAGCCCUUACCUAAUAACUGCCCAAAAAUAAAUAUACCAUUCAUGCAAGUACUAAUCAAGAUUCUCUCGGCUAAGCAGUCAACUGAUUAUUGCUUAGAUGUCAUUAAAUCAACAACAGAAAAUGUUGCAGAUAACUUAUGGAAAUGGCUGAUUGAAGGUCGAAUAUGGAUCAAACGUGCUACUGAACUGAAUAAAUUUUAUAUCAAUUUAUGUAACGAUGAAGUAUCAGAUGAUGAGAAUUUUUUAAGUAUUGAAUUUAGUUUAAAAUUGUUAUUUGGAUAUAAAGGCUAUACUGUAAAUGCCCAAAAACGAUAUGAAAAACUUACAGACAUGGCAAAUAUCCUUAAAGAGCGUUGCAAAUUAACCGCUUAA